AUUCUUCCUUAUUUUCUUGCCUCUUAGUGCUAUUUUAAAGUUUAGUUUUGACCAUGCUGAUGAUUAUGCCGACAACAGUUUUGGUCGUCUACAAGUGAGUUUAUCAUCUGACAAUCUUUUGACAUUUCCAUCUGGACAUUUCCCAAGAAAUACUUAGAAACAGAGAGAGAGAGAGCGAGAAAGACGGAAAGGGAGAGGGAGAGGACAAGAGAGAGAGACUAGGAGAGAGAGAAAGCGAGAGAGGCAGAGAGAGAGAGAGAGAUAGAGAAGCAGAGAGAGGAGGGUAUAAAUAACUUCUGUAAAUCUCCCAUUCUGUGUCCGUUCACUCUGCAAGUAUUCAUGAUGUGGUUGCCCUGCCUGAUGACCGUCUUCCUCGGCCUGCUGGGCCAUGCAUAUGCCCAGUAUGAGCCCAGUGAGGUGUGUUUUGAGAACCUGGGCUGUUUCUCGGAUGCCAUCCCCUGGGCGGGCACCGUGGAGAGACCUGACCCUCGUCUGCCCUGGAGCCCGGAGAAAAUUGGCACCCGCUUCCUCCUCUUCACCCAGGAGAACCCCCAACACUACCAGGAGAUCUCUGCCAGUAAGGAGACACUGGAGGCGUCCACCUACAGGCCCACCAGGAAGACCCGCUUCGUUGUCCACGGCUACAUGACCAAGGGUGAGGAGAACUGGCCCGUGGACAUGUGCAAGCUCAUGCUGAAAGUGGAGGAUGUCAACUGCAUCAGUGUCGACUGGACGACUGGGGGGCGGACCCAGUACUCACAAGCAGCUAAUAACAUUCGAGUGGUGGGAGCCCAGCUGGCAAACAUGAUGUCAGUCAUGAAGAACUCUUUCAAGCAGAUGCCUGCUGACAUGCAUGUGAUUGGACACAGUCUGGGGGCUCACGCAGCAGCAGAGGCCGGCCGGAGGACCCCAGGGCUCAAACGCAUCACAGGUCUUGACCCGGUUGAGCCCUACUUCCAGGGCUGUCCUGCACAGGUGCGUCUGGACCCCACCGAUGCCAAGUUUGUGGACGUGGUUCACACAGACGCAGCUCCUUUCGAUCCCAACCUAGGAUUUGGAAUGUCCCAGGCGGUCGGCCAUGUUGACUUCUAUCCUAACGGAGGGCAGGAGAUGCCCGGAUGCUCCCAAAACAGAGCAGCUAAGGAGGUGGACCCCAAUGAUAUCUGGGAAGGUACCCGUGCCUUCAAGGCCUGUAACCAUCAGAGGGCCUACAAGUACUACAGCGACAGCAUCCUGAACCGCAGCGGCUUCACAGGAUACCCCUGCGAUGACCAGUUCACCUUUGAGUCGGGAAAGUGUUUCCCAUGUUCUGAGGGCGAGUGUCCUGUUAUGGGUCACUUUGCUGACACCUUUAAGACUCCAGAUGGAGUCAGCAUGAUGAGGUAUUACAUGGACACAGGAAAGGAUGCACCUUUCCCCCGUUAUCGUUACCACGUUAACGUCACCAUCGACGGAGCCUUCACCAGCCCCGGCGAAUUUAAGGUGGCUCUGUACGGCACCUCCUCCAACACACACCAGUACAGGAUCUUCAUUGGUUUCCUGACGCCAGGCAAGAGCUACGAGGCGUUUGUGGAUACCGAGACGGACGUAGGGGAUCUGACCAAUGUCAAGUUCCUCUGGAACGACCACAUGAUAAACCCCAUAUGGCCCAGUUUCGGAGCCACCAGGAUAGAAGUGCUGCGGGGGCAGGACACCAAGACGUUUGAGUUAUGCGGAGACCAGACGGUGUUUGAGAACGUUCUUCAGACCCUGUCACCAUGUGCAACUCAGUGACAGAUCACAUAUCAAUAAAAAUGUCACACACA